CAGUCCUUGGUUCCAAGUUACCUGAAUUUUCUUCUUCUUCUUCAAAUUUGCUUAUUUGCGGUUAAUGAUCUCUGAGAUGGCAGAAAUGGCGAGCGUAAUCGAUGCGGUGUUGCCGUAUCGGAUUUUGGAGGAGAUGAAUUCAACGUCUCCAUCUGCUUCGAAUUCGUCGUCUUCAGGAGAAGAAUCGAGCCCCGUCGACGCCGUCAUCUUCGUCGGGAUGUCGCUGGUGCUCGGAAUUGCUUCAAGGCAUUUGCUUCGUGGCACUAGAGUUCCGUACACCGUCGCCCUCCUUGUCAUCGGCAUUGCUCUCGGCUCUCUAGAGUAUGGAACUAGCCAUAACCUUGGGAAGAUCGGCCAUGGGAUUCGCAUCUGGAACGAUAUUGACCCUGAUCUUCUUUUGGCUGUCUUUCUCCCUGCUCUUCUUUUCGAGAGUUCAUUCUCAAUGGAGGUGCACCAGAUCAAGAUGUGUCUGGCACAAAUGGUUCUGCUUGCUGGCCCUGGGGUUCUUAUCUCAACCUUUUGUCUUGGAUUUCUUCUGAAGUUCACUUUUCCGUAUGACUGGGAUUGGAAAACAUCAUUGCUGCUUGGAGGACUUCUGAGUGCUACCGAUCCCGUGGCAGUUGUUGCUUUGCUGAAAGAGCUUGGUGCUAGUAAGAAGCUGAGCACUAUAAUUGAAGGAGAAUCCCUUAUGAAUGAUGGGACAGCAAUUGUGGUUUUCCAGUUAUUCUUCAAAAUGGUUAUGGGGCAUAACUCUGACUUUGGUUCCAUAAUCAAAUUUCUGACUCAAGUCGCACUUGGAGCUGUAGGUAUUGGUCUGGCUUUCGGCAUUGCAUCAGUUCUUUGGCUUGGAUUCAUAUUCAAUGACACAGUCAUAGAGAUCACUUUGACUCUAGCAGUGAGCUAUUUUGCAUAUUACACUGCUCAAGAAUGGGCUGAGGUUUCUGGCGUUUUGACUGUGAUGGCUUUGGGAAUGUUUUAUGCUGCACUGGCAAGGACAGCAUUCAAGGGCGACAGUCAACAGAGUUUGCAUCACUUUUGGGAAAUGGUUGCUUAUAUUGCAAACACAUUGAUUUUUAUCCUCAGUGGUGUUGUCAUUGCUGAAGGCAUUCUUGGUAGCGAGAAAAUUUCUUACCAAGGGGAUUCGUGGGGCUAUCUUUUCCUCCUCUACUUAUAUGUCCAACUCUCACGUGUUGUUGUUGUUGGAGUUCUAUUUCCAUUUCUACAUCGUUUUGGAUAUGGCUUGGAUUGGAAGGAAGCCAUCAUACUCGUGUGGUCUGGAUUAAGAGGUGCUGUGGCUCUGUCGCUCUCUCUAUCUGUUAAGCAAUCCAGUGGGAACUCGUUUCUAAGUUCAGAAACAGGAACUCGGUUUCUUUUCUUGACAGGCGGGAUUGUGUUCCUAACUCUGAUAGUUAAUGGAUCCACUACCCAGUUCGUUUUACACCUUCUUCGCAUGGACAACUUAUCUGCCACCAAGAAACGAAUAUUAGAAUACACAAAGUAUGAGAUGAUGAAUAAGGCCUUACAAGCUUUUGAAGAUCUAGGAGAUGAUGAGGAGUUAGGACCUGCUGACUGGCCUACAGUUAAAAGAUAUAUUUCAAGCUUCAAAGAUUUAGAAGGGGAAGAAGUUCAUCCUCGUGGUGGAUCUGAAACCGUUGAUCUUGACCGUACCAGUUUGAAGGAUAUACGUAUACGAUUCUUGAAUGGUGUCCAAUCAGCAUAUUGGGGGAUGCUUGACGAGGGGAGAAUCAUGCAAACUACCGCCAAUAUUUUGAUGCAAUCAGUGGACGAAGCCAUUGAUUUGGUUUCAGAUGAGCCUUUACGCGAUUGGAGAGGCCUAAAACCGCAUGUCCAUUUCCCUAAUUACUACAGGUUUCUUCAAACAAGGAUUAGCCCCCGUAAGUUGGUCACAUAUUUCACGGUUGAAAGACUCGAAUCUGCUUGCUACAUUUCUGCUGCAUUUCUCCGUGCCCACAGGAUUGCGCGGCAGCAGUUGCAUGACUUUCUAGGGGAGAGUGAUAUUGCCUCCAUUGUUAUAAAUGAAAGUGAAGUGGAAGCAGAGGAAGCAAAACAAUUCCUGGAAGACGUUCGUGCUUCAUUUCCCCAGGUUUUGCGGGUAGUGAAAACGAGACAAGUAACACACGCAGUACUGAAUCAUCUAAUUGAUUACAUCGGAAACCUCGAGAGUGUUGGCCUGUUGGAGGGUAAAGAGGUUGCUCAUCUUCAUGAUGCUGUACAGACAGACUUGAAGAGGCUUUUGAGAAAUCCUCCUCUCGUAAAACUUCCAAAGAUAACCGAUAUGAUUGCCACUCAUCCUUUAUUGGGAGCCCUUCCUUCUGCCAUCCGUGAGCCGCUUAAACACUCCACCAAGGAAACUAUGAAACUUCGUGGCGUCACACUCUACCGGGAAAGGUUUAAGCCUACUGGAAUCUGGCUUAUUUCUAAUGGCAUUGUAAAGUGGGCGAGCAAAAGCUUAAGCAACAAGCACUCGUUGCAUCCUACAUUUUCUCAUGGAAGUACGUUGGGACUGUACGAGGUGCUGACGGGAAAGCCAUAUAUGUGCGAUAUCAUCGCAGAUUCCGUUGUUCUUUGCUUUUUCAUCGAAAGCGACAAAAUUCUUUCAAGUCUCCGAUCAGAUCCCGCAGUUGAAGAUUUCCUUUGGCAGGAAAGUGCGAUCGUGCUCGCGAAACUAUUGCUUCCUCAGAUAUUUGAGAAAGUAACAAUGCAAGAAUUACGAGCCCUUGUUGCAGAAAGCUCGAAACUUACGACAUAUGUUUCGGGAGAAACGAUAGAAAUCACUCAUAAUUGCAUAGGUCUCUUAUUAGAAGGAUUUAUAAAAUCAUCACUCGGUCGUCAAGAAGAGCUUAUAGCUUCCCCUGCAGCACUUUUGCCUUCAAAUAUGAAUCAGAGUUUCCAUGGCUCAAAUGCAUCAGGUACUUUGAGAGCGAGUUUUUCAUAUCAAGUGACUCGGUAUAAUGCCGAGACAAGGGCAAGGGUGAUCAUUUUCGAUGUCGGGGCUUUUGAAGCAGAGAGAACUCUCCUGAGAAGACCAUCCUCCUUGAUGACGCCCCAAGGCAGCGAUCAGAUACAGAGAACCUUUAGCAGAGAGCAUCGAGGAUUGAUGAGCUGGCCCGAACCAUUCCACAGAGCCAGACAGCAGCCUCAGCUGAGAGACUCCUACAAGACCGAUAGAAAUGCAAACAGCUUGUCUGAGCGAGCUAUGCAACUAAGCAUCUUCGGCAGCACGGUGGAUGUGUACAGACGUAGCUUGAGUUUCACAGGCGUCAGAAACAAGCCGCAACACAACUUGAGCUAUCAGAAGGCUCCUUCGUACCCAGGCCAAGGUCUCGUCUCGGCAAAAUCGGAAGGGUCCAUAACGACCCGGAAACAGCUAGAAACUCAGAAAUUCGAGAGGAGAUUCCAUCAGGAAAUGUCAGCCGAGAGCAGCACGAAACAGGGUCAGCAUGGGGGAAGGGUGGAUGACGAGGAUGAGUCGAGCGAGGAGUCUGGAGCUGAAGACGAAGGGAUCAUAGUGAGAAUCGAUUCGCCGAGUAGACUCGUUUUCAGGAACGGUCUCUGAAACACAACCCAUUUGGUUUUUUUGUAGCAUAUCUUCUGUUGUUAUUGCUACUGUUUGUGUCAUUUCUUAUUUAAAAUAAAUAUAAAAAAAUAGUGCCACAGGAGCUCUGAUGACGAUGAAUGGUGGCUGCCUA